AUUUUCUCCCAGAUAUACCUCUUUUCUCCAAAAAAUAUGACUAUUUCUCCCAGAAAUUCCUGCUCUUCCCCAGAAAUAUGACUUUUUCUCCCAGAAAUACCUUUAUUUCCCCCAUAAUAUGGCUGCUUCUCCCAGAAAUACCCGUUUUUCCCCAUAAAUAAGACAUUUUUCCAGUAAUGCUACUGCAGUUCUUUAGGGCUCUGCGUAAGGCUCUGCCGGGCGACGUUAUGGCGUUGCUAUGGCGUUGCUACGCUCCGACUUCCUGUUUCCGCUCACCGCCGUCACGUGACCCGAGCUCGUUGCUACGGCGUUGCUACGUUCCGACUUCCUGUUUCCGCUCCCCUCCGUCACGUGACGAGGCCACCUCCCCGCUCCCCUUUUCCUUCUCCCAACCUCCCACUUCCGGCGACGUCACUUCCGCUCUCAUCUCUCCCAACAUGGCGGCAUCCGCCAUCCGAUCUCGGCGCUUCAAGUGGGCCCUGGAGCUCGGAGCGGCGCCGGGCGGCCGCCCCCGCGGAGCCCCCGAGAGCCGCGGCCCGGUCGGUUUCUCGGAGCGGCAGAUGGGGGAGGGCGGCGUUCACGAGAGCGACCGCAUCCUGGUGGAGAAGCGCUGCUGGGACGUGGCGCUGGGCCCGCUGAAGCAGAUCCCGAUGAACCUGUUCAUUAUGUACAUGGCCGGAAACACCAUCUCCAUCUUCCCCGCCAUGAUGGUCGGCAUGAUGGGGUGGCGCCCCCUGCAGGCGCUGCUCUCCUUGUCCUCCACCCUGAAGCUCCUCGAGUCCUCCAGCGCCCGCCUGCUGCAGUUCCUGGUUUUCCUGCUGGGCAACGGGCUGGGCCUGGCUUUGGCCCUAUAUAAAUGCCAGGCUAUGGGGCUGCUGCCCACCCACGCCUCUGAUUGGCUGGCCUUCAUCACCCCCCCUGCAGCGCAUGGAGGUGAGCGGAGGGGGCCUCAUCCUCUGACCCCCCCCAGGAAUAAAGGCUGGAUCCUACAGAGCAUGGUGUGGAUUUGGGGGUGGGGGGGAAUUGGAAGGAAACUGAGGAACUUGGGGGGAUUUGGGGAAGGGUUGGGGGGAUUUGAGUGGGAAUUGAGGGAGAUUUGGGGGAUUUAGGAGGAUUGGGGGGGU